CAAACGCCAUCUGCAAAGUCGUGAACAAAGAGUUGAGAUGACAGAUUUUAAAAUGCCGUGAACAGGGGAGGUACUGACCGCUCGGGGAAAUCUUGCCAUAUCUGAGAUUGCAGAUAACGGCUGGAGUCGUGUGUGUCUGAGUAAGGAUGUCGGAUGCUAAUGUAAUGGCAGAAUCCUACGCUGACGGAGCUAUCAACCUCAGCAGCACAGACUCCGGCCAGUCGGCGAACGAUGAGGACAACAAGCCCAGCUGUCAUUUCUGUGGGAAAAAGUUCGCCCAGUCCAGCUACAUCAAAGCUCACAUGCGACUGCACACGGGAGAGAAGCCAUUCGCUUGCUCCUUUUGUCCUAAACGUUUCAGCGACUGCAGCAACUGGAAGAAACAUGAGAGAAUUCACAUCAGACAGAUGGGCAUCAAUCCUGAUAAAGCACACAACAUGACCAAACACUCUAUGUUUCUUGUUCAAUCAUCAUACUCUUCACCAAAAUUGAAAAAUGAUUUGGGAUCACCUGAAUAUGUCUGCAAAAUUUGCGGGAAGUCAUUUGCCAAUGCCAGUAGUUUGACCACACACAAAAGAAUACAUAGUGGGGACCGUCCGUACCGAUGUCAGACCUGUGGCAAGUCGUUCACACAGAUUGGGACCCUUCGUACCCAUGAGCGGGUCCACACAGGAGAAAAGCCAUAUAUUUGUAAAAUCUGCGGCCAGACUUUUGCCCAAAGCGGAAGUUUUCGCAUGCACGAGCGUCGUCACAUGAUGGAAAUGCUAAAUAAAUGCCCGGUUUGUCCAGUAAAGUUCCAGCGAUGGGAAGAUGCAAAACAGCAUCUAGCAACACAUCCCGAGAUUAUAGCCAGGCAUCCAGAAAUUGUGGAGUCCAACGGUUUCUUGGAGAAUGACCUGGCAAAAGCUCUCAAGACUGAGGGAGAUCUACAGCAGUUUCAUCAAGUCCUUGCCGCCCAAGUAUCAGACGAAACCCUCCCACCGAUUGAAACAUUUACAAGUCGCCCGGAUCACCUUCCUCCCCACAGUUUUCCGUUUCCUGCUGGUAUACCGCCCCUAGUUUCUGCUAAUGCCCUGCAUUUUCCUGGGAUAUCUGUAAGUGCGACUGACAUCACUAGCCCAGUCAACGUAUUUUCUUCUGCCAUUCUGCGUGCUGAUGCCAUGCAUAUACCGACCCGACAAAUUCUGGAUGAAUACGCCUUGCCAACUACUACUACUGCUAACAUUGUGCCAUAUACAGAACCGCCGCCCGUUAUCGUUCAGGACGGAAACGAUACUGCCAUAGUCAGCACCACAACUGCUCGUGACAGGAAGUACAGUUCAGAUUCUCACACUUCCCGCUCUGUCUCCACACCAGAUCCUGGUUGCGACAUAGGCAAUGGUCGAGCUGAAAGUGAAAAGAAUGGAAAUUUUCUGGAAAACAUGACAGCUGACACAGUUGGUGGCAAGACAGGAUCUGAAGACUCGAGUCUGACCAGUGACCAUUCAGACAGUGCACAGAAUGAAGAGAGCAUUGGCAUCAGUCGACAGAAUCUCCAUUCGCGUAUGAUCUCCACGACAAACUCGCGGAAACAACGCCAUCCAAUGCGUCGCUAUAGUGGCAGCAGUUGCAUGGCACCAGAUACGUCCACCCAGCCGACCACUAGCCUGGUAGAGACAAGCUCGAAUCACUCCGAGACCAUCCGAGAAGAAGAUAUAUCUGAUGAUUUAGUUGGUGGCAAGUUUUAUCGCUGCGAACACUGCCACAUCCUGUUUGAAGAUUGCACUCUGUAUCUGCUUCAUAAUGGCUUCCACUCUCAUGACUCCGAUCCAUUCAAAUGUGUCAUCUGUAAAACGUCGUGCCGGGACCGCAUAGAGUUUAAUUGCCAUUUGACCAGCCAUAUAAAGUUGUCAUCAUAAUAUGGUGGACUGGUCACAAGUCUACUGCUGUCGCGUAGGUGCUGUUAACAAUGGAUAUUUACUGUGUUUUACAGGCUUGCCAACGGUGUGUCGGAGACAUCGCUAUCCAGAGACGUCCUCAACAGGUAUUAGUUUAUACCGAUUCCUGUAUACUGGAAUGGGCUAUAUAGUGUUGAAAUGGUAAUAUUGAAGGGUUAGGAUUUUCAAUAAAUUUGUAUGAAAUAUUUGAAGAUCAAAAAAGCAAUAUUCAAGAAACUUUAUAAAACUGUUUAGAAAAUCGAAUGUUGUUUGUAUUUUUCGAAAAGUGUGUGAUAAAAUGAGAAAGUAGAUUGCAAAGAUUCCAAAUUUAUAGGUGUGAAUUUGUAUUUUUCAUUCCAAAAAAAUAUACAUUAUGUAAAUGAAAAAAAUAUGAAUUAGAUAAGAAAAUGUAGUGAAGUUGUGUAUCUCAAUGACUAUGUAUAAAGAAGAAGCAUUUAAAAUGCUGGUUAUAUUAUAGAUUAGUUGUCUCAAUGUACUUCCGAUAUUAGCAGAUGUUCGAGUGUAACUGUUACAGAAAGUGGUGUGUAACCUAAAAUUCUGAACAUGUAAGAGUUACCUCCCAUCGUUUACUAUAUUUUAGCCUUUGCAGUCUACCUGCUAUGUAAAAAUGUUUGGUAGAUCGCAAGGGAGGAAAUGGUUGGUAUCGACGUCAUAUCUCUGUGAUGAAGGAUGUAUUUAGUUUUUAUGAAAUGACCAAAGCAAUUUAUAAAAUAUAUAGCUAUAAACGUAUUCUAAAUGGCUCUAUAUUUUUAUACAAAUAGCAUUCUUUAAUUUUCAUAUAUAUAUGUCUCAAUAACAUUCAAUACUAUCAAUAAUGGCCACUCCCUCCUAAAAUAGAUUUGGUUUAAAAUAUUUUAUCAAACAUUUUAUCAAUAUAUUCGUAAGAGCAUUUUUGAAUAUCAUUAGAAUACUUGCAUACAUCAUUAGGGGGAAUGCAAAGCUUUUAUGCAAUUCGAUUCAUCGUUCCCUAUUUUUACAGUUAUAUAUAUAUAUUAUAAAUUAUCAGAUAUUCAUGUCAAAUAGUACCAGAGGUUAUUGUUAGCCUGUUAUAAGGACACAACAUUUUGGUAGCUGUAUAUUUUAGUGUGGAAUUUCUUUUUGAAAUUUUAACUUGUUUACCCCAAACAAAAUAGAUAAUUUUAACUGAUCAAAAUAAAAUGAUGCAAGUUAUUUUCAUUGAGCUGUUUAAGAAAAAGAUGACUUUUUUUGAGAUAGCACUAUUUUCAUUUGCCAAAUAUUGAUCUACAUUUUUCUCAUCUUUUCUAUGGCAAUAACUUUGAUAUUUUUAUUUCCUUAAAACCAAAAACAAUUUCAAAUCCAAAAUGCCUUUAUAGAUGAAUACUGCAAAUAACUUUAAAACGUUUCUAUCAAAAUUAUUUAUUAUUUUGUAUUUUAAUUAAUGCUUACUUCACCUCUUUUUAGAUUAGUUGUAUUUAUCAACAAUUCAACAACUUUCAUAUGAGGCAGAGAUAUAAUGAACGUUGCGUAUAAAUUCUGAUGUGUUAUAGAAAUGUGUACAUCUAUCAUAUAUAUAUAUAUAUAUAUACAUAUAUAAUUUGAUGGACUAAAGAGUUGUAAUGGAAAUAAAUAUUGUAUAUAAUCAUGUACAUUGGGCCAUUUUUCAUAAUCAUAUGAACUGACUUGAAUUUACAAAGAGAUUGAAAUUUAUGUAUUUGGGCUUUGUAUGUACAUGUAUAUGACUGUAGUUUAGCUAAAUGUUGUUAUCUGUUUUGUCUGAUAAUGAAGAUUGCCAUAGAUGUUGUACUAGUAAACAUAUAUAUAAAUAUAUAUUAUAGUUAUUUAGGUGCUUUUUGACUUUGUGUUAUUAUUAUAUUGACUAUGACUACAUAAUUGUACUAGUUCUACAUGUCAAAUAAACGUAGAUAUUUUUCUUGAAGAUGAACAUGUAUUAUAUUUGCCUGGGUUAAAUAUUGACUAUACAUAGGUGCUUGAAUCGUUGUUGUGUUUACGUAUUUGAAAUACAAUUAUAUCAUUCUUAUUAGUGCUGUUCAUUUAUUGUUGGUUGUUAUGGAGAUCAAUACAAAGUAUUUCUGUUCGAUAUUGUUUACAAGACAUUGCACAUAUAUAUCAAACCUGUAUUCAAUACAUGUGAAAUGUAUACCAUGAUAUUUUCAGUAUUUUAGUAGAGUUUCAUACCAUGAUUAUUAUAUAUAUAUAUAUAUAUAUUUAGCCGAAUUAUGUCGCCCAUUGCCGCCUGUCUUAAUUUGUUAACUGAUUUAGUUUUUUAAAUGCUGUAAGAGUAGAAUGACAACUUACAAAACUUGUUUUCUGUAAACGUGGAAAUUUACGCAAGGGGAACGGUGGAUUAAUGCUAAAUACUUGAAUGACAUUCUGCUGCGAAAAUCCCCCACACAUAUUAUUUUGUAAUGUAUGUGGUAUUCACAGAUCAGAUUUAAAAAAAAUGUCACGGAAAUAACACCCAUAUGUGUAUUUUACCUCUCAAAAUUGUGAAAUUAAACCCCCUGACGGAAGUGACCAUGUGUACAGUACAUCUUUUUGUUUGAAAAGUCAUUUCAUUUGAUCGACAUCAGAACUUGGUUGUUUUUUUGUAUUUUUCUGUAUAUUUUAUCAUUGGGUGAAUUUCACCUACAUUCCGUUUCUGAUAGUUGAGAGCAGAUUUCAAAAUUUUUGAAAUGAAGUUUGCUUUUAUAGCUUUUACUUAAGUGCUGUCCUGUUUCUGUUGAUAUUGAUUUUCUGGGUGAAACUUUAAAGGGAAAAAUUAUACUGGUUAUUUGAAAUAAAUUUCAUAUUGUAGGGAAGAGAAAUUUCGAUCAUUGCCUAAACUCUUAGAAACUGCUUGGUUUGUUACUUAGGUCUAAAAUACAAAAAAAAAAUGUUUCCUUUUUUUGUAACCUAUCUGGAAAUCGUCCUGCUAAUAAAUUGAAAAGCAAGUCAGUAAAAAGUAUCUUGAUAACAUGGAAGUAGAUAUGUGAUUCUGACAAAAAAAAUAUUAAAAGAUGGCAAUUUAAAUACAAAACAUAGAAGUAAAUACAGACUGUCAAAGCAGAGUUAUGGAAGUCCACAUCCAUGUCAUUAUGAAAUGUUUUGUUGAAAAUGAAGUGCUUUGCUUGGAAGCAAUAAGUUUCAAGAAAUAGGAAACGUGUUUAUUUAGCUGUAACAGAGGCUGGUUUUUGGAUGUGUAUAUGUAAAAAUCAUGACAUUUUUUCAGCUUUUUUACAUUGUAGAUCUG